GUUUGGGAAUAAGAUUAGGUUAAGUUAGUUUACAUACAACCGUUCUUUGCUUUUCGUACCGGGUUGUGAAGUGGUCAUUUACAGGAGAAAUCAUUAAAAAAUUUAAAUAAUACUUAAAACAUUGAUUUAUUGCAGAAUAUUUUGUAAGAAUAAGAAAUAUAGUGAUUACGAAUCAAUAUAGACUCUGUACAUGUACUAAAUGUGCGCUAAAUAUUCAUGUCGCUUAUUUUUGACUUGACUGAUCAGCGGCCAUUAAGUAUUUAAAAUGGUGUCAACGCGAGGUCCGAAAUUCAAGUUUUGCGAUGGAGAAAAAGUAUUGUGCUAUGAGCCAGAUCCUACAAAGGCAAAAGUUUUGUACGACUCUAAGGUACUUGAUGUUAUUGUAAAUAAAGAUCAAAGAGGUAGAAAAGCUGUGGAAUAUCUCAUACAUUUUCAAGGUUGGAAUUCAUCUUGGGAUCGCUGUGUGACAGAAGAAUAUGUGCUUAAAGACACAGAAGAAAAUCGCCAACUUCAACGAGAUUUAGCACAAAAAGCGCAACUACAACUGGGUGCAUACCUGUACCGCCGUGAACGUAAAAAGCGAAGUCACAAAAUGUCAGAACGUUUAAUUGAAGCUGAACAUCAGGAGCCACGCCGUAGGGCAAGAAGUGGCGGCAGCCGAGCUACGUCGGCUACCACUGGAUCUUCAGAAGAUGGCAGUUCAGGACAACAUGCUGAUUAUGAUACAGAGGAAGUAAAUACAGAAGAAGAUACUGAGAGUAGUUCUGAUUAUAUGGGUGAAACUAGUGAUGACGAAGACAGUGGUGGAGGUAGUCAAUCUGGAGCCAGUAUGAAGUCAGUGGAUCUUGAUAUAGGUCCUACAUUAAAACGACUUUUAGAGCAGGAUCAUGACCUAAUAGUCAACAAGAACAAACUUGUUGUUCUUCCUGCACAACCUACUGUAGUAAAUAUUUUGGAAUCUUGGGUACAACAUUUUACUACAACACAAUUAACGAAUAUCCCAGAAAAACCUCAACGAAAUAAAGCAUAUAAUACAAUAGAAAAGGCAGUGAACGAUGUAAAUAUAUGCAGGGAAACUGCGGACGGCUUACGUAUAUAUUUUGAUUUUACGUUACCUCAUCUCCUUCUAUAUAGGCAAGAAAGAGAGCAGUAUGGUUCUCUAAAAGCUUCUUUGUUAUGCAAUAACGUAUCGGCACCAGCAAUUGUUGUAAAAGACGAAUCACCUGAAAAUUCUGAAAUACUUGGAAAAGAAGAAUUUGAAGAUACAGAAUAUGCUCAUCUACCGCCGUUUCAAGAACAUGAUACAGAAAUGGAUAAUACAGUGAAAUUAUUGAACAAUUCUAAGCGAAAAUUACGAUCGUGUAGAGUAAGUUCAGUCGAUGAAAGCCGGCAAUUAAGAUCUUAUGAUGAAGGGAAACAAGACGGUGGUAAUUUAUCGAGUAGCAUAGCAAGUACAAGUUCCCGUUGUUCUAGCCCACGAGGUGUAACAUUAAGAAUGCCGCCUGUUACAUCUGGUCAAGUGAAUGCUUUACUUCAGCAAUCAAAUAAAUGGCGACUAAUGCCUGAAAAUUCAAAUAGUGGGAGUAUAUCAAGUUCAUCUACUUACUAUGGUGCUGUACAUUUAACUAGAUUAUUCGUAAAGUUACCUGAGCUGUUACAAUCCACGGAUGUAACGAGCAAGAAAUUAAAAGUACUUUUGAAAUACUUGGAUAUGUUUCUGAGCUAUUUAGAGAUGCACAGAGAAUGGUUUGGGGAACAAUUCUACAUGCAGGUAGAAGAUCGUAAUUUGACAUCAAUGCAAAUAAAUAGCACAACGCAAAUGAAUAAUUAACAAGACAACAAUAUUUAUGUGAUUAUAUAAAUGUGAUUAUAUAAAUGAUUAUGAUUUUCCAAAAGCAAAAUGAUAAACAAUUUAAUAUAUAUUUUUGGUGAUGUAGGAGAAAUAUGUGAAUUUAAAAUCAAUAUAAAAAAAAUUGACUUCUUUUUUUACUAAUUUUUAUACAUUUA